AUGGCGAAUCCAGUUCUUGAAUCUCCUACAAACCCUCAUUUCUUCCAGCCUCUUCUUCCCGGCUUCGACUCCUACCUCACCAUCCCUGUGAAGUUUUUCUCGGUAUACUUAGAAGGAAGAAACGAAGGAAAGACAGUGGAGCUAAGGUCCGACGCGUCUGAGAUAAGUUGGAAAGUUGAGAUGGAAGGUCGGAAACUCACCGUCGGCUGGAAAGAGUUCGCCACCGCACAUGAUCUCCGAGUCGGAGAUGUUAUCGUUUUCAGACACGAUGGAGCUUCGGUGUUCCACGUCACUUGUUUUGGACCCAGUUGCUGUGAGAUUCAAUAUGUACAAUCUUGUGACCACGACAAUAAUCUUGAUGAUGAUCAAGAAAACAUCAGAAACUUGUCCAUGAAGCAGAGUCUUAAAACAGAACCAGAGUCUUCACUAGACGAAGACAAAGAUUACAUGGGUAAGUCAAUGGGUAAGAAGCGGAUUACUGAAGCAAAAGCAAAGUCUAUUUCAUCAGACCAGUCUUGUUUCUUCCAUCAAAACGCCUCUUCUUCGUUUCUCCACUGCAGAACUAAAGAGUGUUUCCACUAAAGAUUGCAACAAAGGAAAGAGAAACAAAUCUGGUGACAGUAGUCAAAAAGUUCCAUCAUCAUCAUCUUCAGGAAGUGAAGGCCGAUUUGUGACACUAACUGCCACACCAUCCAGUCUUAGAAAUAGUAGACUUUAUCUUCGAAAAAACUUCGUUAAGGUUAACCGAAUGAAAAAACUAAGAGGGAAGAAGAUAACUCUGUUGGACAAGCAUGGAAAAGAGUGGCC